AGUUCUGUUUUCUUUUUGUUUUCUUGAAGUAGCCAACUAUAAGUGAUCCGAAUGUUUUUUUUUUUUUGGCGUCUAUAUCAAUUAUGGCAAUUUCCUUUUGUUUGGUUUGUUCAUUAGACCUUUUCCACUCUUCCGUUUCGGUUGAUUGAGAUGCAUUGUAGCCCGAUUGCCUUUAGAACAGGAACAUUUUCUAGAUAGGAAUCGAGCAAUUCGGUCCGGGAAAAUCCAUUGAGAUCCACAAUCCAUGAGGAUGGAUUUUAACUUACGUCCUUCAGAUUCUUCUGCUCUGUUCUUUUAAUGGCCUUUCCUUCAGAAAUAUUACUUGAAGAACAGGCAUUCGGUUCCUUUUGUGCACUACUGUUUGAGGGCAUUUCCAUAGUUUGUGUCUUGGAUAUUCAAGUGGCGGUCCCUUUCUAGUUGUUCUAAAUGAAUUUGGGAUUUCUUCCAAUGAUUUGUAGUUUUUUGAUUGGGUAUCUUCUUUCGAGUAUUAUCCAAUAUCCAUUUUGUAUUGUUAUAUACAAUGUUUUGGUGAAGUCAGCUGAUUGUUCUUCCUUACUCAAUAAUUCCAAAUGCCUGCAGUUCUAGAUUGUGACAGAAGUACAGUUGGACCUGUUAAAAUGUUGGUUUUCCCAGGUUCAAUUAAUCAUGAUCAUAUAUGGAUUUAGCCUGGUUUUGGACCUUACUACUUUAUCCUGUGCAUCUUAUUUAUGUUUGUUUAACAUCAAAAAAGUUCAACUCACAAUCAUGAAAAUGUCGCUCUAGGUCGAGUCGAUAUGAUUGAAGGGAAAAAAAGGGUAUAGAAGGAAGACGAAGAAAAGCUUAUUUCAAACUGCAUGACAGAGUGAUACAUCAGAUCUGGUUAAGUGAAAAAGUAAAGGCGCUUCCUGCACUCAAGGAUAUAACUUAGCAAAAUUAAGAGAUUUGAGAUUCUAGCUUUGUAGACUGCAAAUAGUUUCUGAUGGAUGAGUAUUCCAGUAAAAGAGUUCAUAUGGGAAUUGUUUCUAGGAAGGGACCUGGUGUAGUUUUGAGGGAUAACGUGAAGAACAGGGAUCAAAGUAAUCGAUAUGGCAACCGACUUGGCUGCACUGGUAGGAUAUGCACCACUAGUGGUGUACAAGUUGGCUGUUCGAAUAAAACCAGCUCAAAAAGGCCAUUCCGCAGCUCAAGCGGUAAAGAAGUUGUUGGAAGUUCCUCAAAGAGUUCCUCUGCAAUCAGAAAUCUCAGGAAAUCCUUUCCAGAGCCUUUUGCAAAGCUAUCAUCUAAGCUUGAAACAGAUUCUUCUGAAAAUGAUAGCAUUCAAGAUGACUUGGAAGAACUGGAGUUUAUCUCACCUCCUGUAUUGUUCCAUACAGGGCUUCAAGUAAAAUCUGAAAGUUCAUUGCCUGCUAAUACUUCGUUGAUGGAAAGGGGAAGUUGCAGUACAGACGCUAACACCGAAUCUAAGAGAAACUCUGUUCAAAGAUUUGAAGUGGACAAUCAAGAUUCUCAUGCAUCCAUGCAACCUAGAAGUCUUUGCCAGACAUCAAAUGGUGGUAACAGUAGGUACAGUUCAAGAAACUUCCCUUGUGAUUCAGUAUCUGAAAUAAUUCCAUCAGAUGGUUCUUUGCUGGAGCGAAACCUUGUGAGAAGGAAGAAUGUAACAAAGAAGAUGAUAUAUGAUGGUGAGAAUAGUUCCCAUUCUCGUGGAAAGAAGGUGGGUGGAACUUCCCGGGGGCAGAAUUGUGUUUCCCGGCACGGCAUCUUUAUUUCUGAUCAACGACCAGGUCGAAACGUAUUUCACAGACAAAAUGUUCUCUCAUCAUAUGGGACUCGAAGUUUGACAAGUGUAUGUAGUGGGGCAAGGCAUUCAUAUCAAAGCAAUAGUGAUAAUCUGUCAUCGCAGGAUUCACUAGCGAUGAAUUCUUGGAUGCCUCAAUCUAAUAUCUCCAGCUCCUCAAAUGCUUUUAGUUCACUUCAGUCAUCUUCAGAAUCACACUCCAGGCACCGCAUGAUUUACCCCGAACCAGAGGAUUAUAGUCAAAGUAUACAUGACAUUGGACGAGCCACCCCUACAGAAGCCGAUAUUUCCAGCACUUUGACAAAUUUGAACAGUUUUAGAUGCCACAAUGGAAUUGCAGAGGUACUAUUGGCGUUGGAGAGAAUUGAACAGGAGGAAGAGCUCACUUACGAGCAAGCCAUUCUUCUGGAGACGAGUAUGUUUCUCAAUAGCCUAAACAUCAAUGAUCAGCAUAGAGACAUGAGACUCGACAUUGAUAACAUGACAUAUGAGGAACUUUUAGAUUUAGAAGAGAGAAUGGGGACUGUGAGCACAGCACUGUCUGAAGAAGCCCUGACAGAAUGCCUUAAUACUAGCAUUUAUCAGUCUAAACCAGGAGGAAGAGCAGCCACGGGCUCUAUCGAGGAGUUGAGCGACAUCAAAUGUUGUAUUUGUCAGGAAGAAUAUUUGAUAGGAGAUGAAGUCGGGAGACUGCAAUGUGAGCAUAAGUAUCACGUAGCUUGUAUUCAACAAUGGUUGAGGUUGAAGAACUGGUGUCCUAUUUGUAAAGCAUCAGCAGCCAGCCAGCAGCUUCACCCUUUCAAAUGAUAUAUAGAUAACUGCAGACAGAUAGUGUGCCCACUUUCUUCAAAUUUACAACUCUCUGUCUGCAACUUCAUGUUUGUUUGUACAGAAUAGAUUUGUUUCAUCCCAAUUGACCAACAAACUCAAUCAGUUUUAUCUUUACUCUCAAUUGAAUUGUGAAUCAAAAUUGUCCAUAGGUUGAUGCUUUUGAUAAAAGGGUCUCUGAAGUUGAA